AUGUCAUGUGUUGAUAAUGAUGCCAAUAACAAUGAUAAUAAUAAUGAUGAAAUACAAAGCUUAGAAAUUGAAUUCCUUUCUUCAAUGUUUGAUGGUACUCCGAAUUCCGCCAUCUUCAACUAUGAUAAGCUAUCAAGGCAUGGAUCGUUCACAUUUCAUCCACACUUUAACAAACCUAUUGAAAUGUAUGGACCAGUAACAAGAAUCAAGCUAAGGAAUACGUCAACUGUGGAGCCUUCAACAUCAUCAGAAGGUGAUAAAACAUGCUGUUGUUACCUUCUACAUUAUUUACCCGCCCUUAUUAUGACAUUCAACCUCCCGCUGAAUUAUCCUGGAGAUAUUCCAGGUGUUUGUAUCCCUGAAUUUUCUUUAUCCUCAAUCUGGUUGCCAAUAUCUAUCCUCAAUGAAUUGAAAGAGAGACUAAUUGAAAUAGCCAAUCAGAAUCUUGGUGAAAUGACUCUGUUGUCGUGUAUAGAAUUCCUACAAAAUGAAUCUUUUGACUAUUUGAUGAAACAAGCUGGUGAAAGUUGUCAACAAAAGCAAACCUUUAAUCUUUUCAAUUUUUAUAAUGAAUACUCUUGCAAAGAUGAUAUAUCUCUGCCACUGCAAGACUGUUGUGAUCUCCUGCUGUCAAUUAAUGAAGAUCGAUUGGAUAUUGAUUAUGAUGAAGCAUUUAUUGAAUGUCCUGUAUGCUUUGAAAUUAAAAAAGGCAGUGAAUUUAUUCGUUUUAUGAAAUGUAAAUGUUCGAUUUGUCGUGAUUGUACACUGGAGUGUUUUAAAAUAUCAAUAAGAGAGUCAUUGUUUAACGGUGCCUUGUCUUGUUUGAAGUGCAAUGAAGAAGUUAGUCAUUCAGAGGUUCGUUAUAUUCUACCUGAAGAUUUACACGAUAGAUAUGAAAAUUUAAUAUUGAAACGAGGCUUAGAUUUUAUGCCAGAUGUAGUUGCUUGCCCUCGUCAACAGUGUGAAUAUCCAGUGAUUUUAGACUCGGACAGUCUUGGACGUUGUCCACGUUGUGAAUUAAGCUUUUGUCCUAUGUGUUUAAAAACUUACCAUGGUGUAGAACCUUGUAAAAAUAGAUUGAGGAGUAUUCAUAAUGCAUUUAUGUCCGCUGCAGAUCGUGAAGCUAAACUACGUCAAAUCAAAGAAGAAGAAGAAUCAGAGAAAUUGAUUACAGAUAACUAUAAGAAAUGUCCAGGUUGUUGGACACCUUGUGAAAAGGUAACUGGUUGUAAUAAAAUGACAUGUUCAUAUUGUCAUUUAUUUUUCUGUUGGAUUUGCCUUGAAGUUAUAUACGAUCGUCAAAAUCCGUAUUCGCAUUUCUCAAAAGGAGAUUGUCAAGGUCAAUUGUGGAGAGAAGAUGCAAUUAUUGAAUUCGCUGAAUGA